UGGUUUUAAACGGCAGGCCUAAAAAUGGCUAUUUCUGCACUUCACCCCAGCUUAUGAUACUGAGCCGCUAAACCCAAAAAAAGAAGAAGAAGCUAAUCUGAGAGAAAUGGCGCUUCAGAUACUGAAGCUACCAAUAUCUCGCUGUUGCAGCAAUACCUUCUUUUUCUCCUCCAAAUCUAGCCCAAACCUCUCUGCGAGAUGGUUGGAGUUCAAAAUGCGCAAUCAUCUAUCUGUAAGAACCUUUGCUUCCAUGACUACAGACAAGGGCCAACCAAAGAAAAAGAAAAGGAGACUGGAUGAAUUGUGUCUUGAGAGAUUUCAGCAAUACAGCCGGACAUUUAUACAGUCAUGGAUUCUUCAAGGCAAAGUGCUUGUGGAUGGAAAAGUCGUUACCAAAGCAGGGACUCAAAUCCCUGAUAAAGCUGUUGUUGAGAUCAUGGCUGAAAUUCCUAAAUACGUAUGCAGAGGAGGACAUAAACUGGAGGCUGCUAUUGAAAACCUGGGGAUUGAUGUCACAGGAAAAGUAGCUCUCGAUUCAGGCUUGUCUACUGGAGGAUUUACUGAUUGUUUACUUCAGUAUGGUGCUUCAUUUGUCUAUGGAGUUGAUGUAGGAUAUGGACAGGUGGCUGAUAAAAUUCGUCGAGAUGAGCGUGUAAGUGUUAUCGAGCGUACAAACUUGAGAUACCUUUCUGAACUCCCGCAAAAGGUCGACUUAGUAACUCUGGACCUCUCCUUUAUUUCGAUACUUCUGGUGAUGCCUGCAGUUGUCAAUUUGAUGAAGCAAGAAGCUACUUUAGUGACUCUGAUUAAACCUCAGUUUGAGGCUCGGAGAUCCCAAGUUGGAGGAGGUGGAAUUGUAAGGGAUCCCUUGGUCCAUCAAGAGAAAGUCACAUUCGCGGAUGCAUAUAAUACAGGAGGAACGGGGAAUAGUCUGCUUGUUUGUGCUCGGGAUGUGCCAUAUGGCUGAACUCUUGGAGAAGUCAAUUUUGGUUCAGUUAUCAGUUCUCAAUCUUUUUAGUAGAUUUGCCAGUGUUUAAUGGGAUUAGAGCGGGAGGAGGAGAAGAAGAAGACGAAUGACAUGGAAUGUGGUGCCACUUGCAUUAAUGUGGGUUGUCUGGAAGAGAGGAAUAGAAGAGGUUUUAAAGGUGUAGAGUCGAGUUUCCCCCAGUUAAGGAGUAGCCUGCGUUCCCUUAUUUUCUUUUGGUGCACUCAGAAAGUUCCCUGUUGUAUAGACGAUUGGGUGGAGUUUGAAGAGAAUCAUAUGUUUUUGUCGAUGCUUUUCCUUUUGGUAUACAUCUUGUAUAUGGCCGUUUUAUGGCCUUGUUUAUGAAAUGAAAUACCUUUACUUGAUCGAAAAAAAAGAAAAAAAAAAAAGGGAUUAGAGUAUUUUUACCAUCAAAGGAGAUAUCAGGAAUCUUGGCUGGGUGAGGUACGAUGAGUUUGAUAAUUUUCACUAUAAUCUCACUUGAGGGGAAUCUGGAGAUGCUGGAAUCCCACUUGGUUCUAAUGUUCCUUCUUCAACAUCCCCAUCUCCUUUUCCCAUCAUCAAAUUAUUUUUGGUGUUUGGUACACAACUUUUAGCAAGAGAAAUAAUUGAGAACAGAAGAAGUUAAUACUCCUAGUCACAUC